AUGGCCACGACUCCAGCCUCCUCCUACACGGAGAAAAAGAUGAAGUCUGCGGAAUUAAAGUCAAUUCCCCAAGAGUUAAUCUUGGAAAUAUUCUCAUGGCUUCCAGUUAAGUCUUUAUUGCGUUACAAGUGUGUUUCCAAAUUUUAUAGUUCUCUUGUAUCUGAAUCAAAUUUCGUGGACAUCCAUCACCGCCGCUCUAUGAUUCGUCCAGGUGGAAGAAAGUAUCUAGAGUGUAUAAACAAUGUAUUCUACACUACAGAGCUGAAGGAAGAUGGAAAAUCCUUCCUUUUUCGUAUUGAAAAUUUUGAUCAACUCCAUGGAUAUCUCUCCGCUUCCAGUUUAAUGGGUGUUAACGGUUUGGUUUGCGCAUGGAGAGAUAAGCAUCAUGUUGCAAUUUGCAAUUCCAGUACAAGAGAAGUAAGAUUUCUUCGGUGCCCGAAAGAGUUUAUUAACAAAGAUUAUGGUUACCCAAUUUGUUCAAUUGGUUUUGAACCAGAAGAAAAGAAGUAUAAACUUUGGUUGACAUCUGAUAGCUACACAAGAAAUUGGCUAUUCACAAUAGGCAUAGAUAAAUCAUGGAGAGAGACUAACUGCAAUGCCCGUUUUAGUCCGUCUCUGUACAGAGUUUGUGUUAGUGGAGUAAUCUAUGUGUUGGGUUCCGUUAAUGGUACGAGCGGAAUAGUUGCAUUUGAUGUCAGAGCUGAAAUUUUCAGAAUUUUAAAUUUUCCACAUGCUUUACAUUACAGUGGAUAUCAUGAUUAUAACUUGAUAGAACUGAAGGGAAAAUUAGCCGUCUUGAACUAUAAAAAAUAUUCCAGCGAAGACGUGCAUCUGUGGAUUUUGGGAAAGGCUCAAAAUGACGAUUGGGACAGACACAUCAUUCGCUUUCCUUCUCAAUGGAAAGGCAUUUAUAGACCUGAAUCAUAUUUUCACUUUAUAUGUGCAUCUUGUGAUGAAGAAAUUGUAUUUAUAAGUAUUACGAAGUCACGUGAUUGGAUCUGUAUCUGUUAUGAUUUCACGAGAAAAAGUUGGAGAGAGUUUAGGGCAAUCGAGAAACUUGGUGAAAGGUAUUGGCUUUCCCAUAUCCUUUGUUAUGUAGAAAAUCUCUCCUCUUUGGGAAAACUUUGCAGUACUAAUCUCCAAGAUUAA